AUGAAGAGAUUGGAAAUCGAGCGAAGAUUGGGAGAUGGACAAGAAAAAGAAUUCAAGACUCUGAGAAAGAUGACUGAAAACAGCGCGGCGAUUCUUGAAGAACUCCGAUCGAUUCGAGAGGAAAACCAAGAAAGUUUCAAAAAGUUGACAGAAGAGAUGGAAGAAAUGAAAAAGAAACAGAAUCUUCAAGUAGAAAUGAAAAUGGAGAGAAUAAUCGGUAAAUUGGAGAAAAUGGCAGUGAAAACUGAAUCAGUUGAUUUCAAAAUCAUGGAGAAAUGGAACGAAUUUCCGCCGGAAAUUAAAAUGGAAUGUAUUAGUCGAAUGGAUUUUGAAACCAGAUUAAACCUCCGACGUACCGCCCGUGCCGAAAGAUCUCUCGUCGAUUCUCGCCUGUAUCCAAUGGAUACUGUCAAUAUGUGUCAUGAUGGAAUUGAAGUGGAAGAUGACACAGAUUAUUUUAUCCAUGAAACUGACAAAUGUGCUCAUAACAAACGUACAAGCUCGUGUGGAAGCAAACUUCUCGCAUAUAUUCUAAAAACUGGAACCAUCGAACGCCUUCAUGUCUACUUACCUAAGGACAAAGUUAAUAAAUGGGUGGAAGAACUGAAAAAUAGUCAAAUCGAUACAAUCCGUGUAAAGCGUCUCAUUUUCCAAUCGACCAGUAAGCAAUUGACAGAGUUUUUCCUAAAUAAAGUCAAUAAGGAAACGCUGGAAUCGAUUCAAGUGGUGUGUCGGAAUGAUGCAAACGGUAUUUUGGAGACAGGAGAAUUUCUGGAGUCGCCAACGGUCAUCAAUGUCAGACGUCUUCUGAUUUUGAGACAGUUCAACACUGUUCUCGUGUUGGAUUUGAUCAAAAGAUGGAUUAAGCACGACGUUCAAAUCGGACAGACGCUUUUUUGCCACACUUUGUAUCCCACAACCUUCCGCAAGUUUUUCACGCUUUUUGGGGAUCGUGUUGUAAAAUCAGAAGACAACUACAUUCGUAUCCGUACUGACAACGAAUCGAAACACAUUCUCAUUCGAUCUCUUCCGUGUAAGAAACACGCUCAAUCGCUCUCUUGUUAUGUGAUUCCGGCGGAGCAGGCAAUAAUCGAAAAGGAGGAUGACUAUUACACGAGCUACGAUUUAUCCCAUUUUGAUGAGUCGAUGGAAGAUGACGAUGACGAUGACACGGAUUAUUUCGAUGAUGAUUCUGACGAGGAGGAUUCAGAUGUCGAGGACUACGACUUUGACGAUGAGGAUUUAGACGAUGAAGAAGAUGAAGAAUUGGUCUACGUUCAAUAA